AUGGGCUCCAUAGCAAAAGAAGAACAACCAUCAAAGGUUGAAAAACCAACAUUCUCAUCAAAAGCAAAUACACUUGAAUAUGCUCAAUCACUUGAUGCAAAUGAUCAUAUGCGAAGAUUUCGCGAUCAAUUCAUUAUUCCAUCAAAAGCCAACAUUAAAGCAACCAAGUUGGAGAAACCAGGUCUUUCCGAUGAAUCUUCAAUAUAUUUCUGUGGAAAUAGUUUAGGACUUCAACCUAAAUGUGUGAAAGAAUAUCUUCAAGCCCAUUUAGAUACAUGGUCAUCAAUUGGUGUUCAUGGACAUUUCCGCGAUUUGGAAGAUUCCCCUUUAACACAAUGGCAAUUACUCGCCGAACAUGCUUCCAAACAAUGUGCUCCAAUUGUUGGAGCUAAAGCUUCCGAAGUAGCUAUGAUGGGUACUUUAACUACGAAUUUACAUUUAUUAAUGGCUUCUUUCUACACACCUACACCGGAGAAAAAUAAGAUUAUCAUGGAAUGGAAGGCCUUCCCAAGUGAUCACUAUGCUAUCGAAUCACAAAUUCGAGGUCAUGGAUAUAAUCCUCAAGAAGCUAUGGUGAUGAUAGGGCCCGAAGAAGGAAGUUAUGAGAUAUCGACUGAGAAAAUCCUCCGUACUAUUGACGAACAUGCUUCCACUACUGCACUCGUCCUUCUACCUGGUAUCCAAUAUUACACGGGUCAACUUUUCGAUGUCAAGACUAUUACCGCAUAUGCUCAAUCUAAGGGUUUAAUUGUAGGAUGGGAUUUAGCACAUGCGGCUGGAAAUGUACCAUUACAACUUCAUGAUUGGAAUGUCGAUUUUGCAGUUUGGUGUACGUAUAAAUAUAUGAAUGCGGGUCCGGGAAGCAUCGCCGGUGCAUUUAUUCAUGAGAGACAUGGAGAGGUGGAUUAUAGUGAAGGAGAGGAAAAACCAAAGUAUAGGCAUAGAUUAAUGGGAUGGUAUGGUGGUGAUCAAAGUUGUCGAUUUUUGAUGAAUAACAAAUUCCGUCCAUCACCAGGUGCCUCUGGUUACCAAGUCAGCAACCCCUCAGUCGUAGAUCUCACCUCUCUCUGUGCGGCUCUAUCCAUCUUCAACCAAACCUCCAUGGAAGAAAUAAGUCAAAAAACUCUCCACCUAACCGCCUACCUCGAACAUCUCCUCUUAACAUCCAAUCCCUCCAACACAAACCCUGCUUUCCGCAUCAUCACCCCAUCUGAUCCCUCAGCAAGAGGAACUCAACUAAGCGUCCUACUAAAACCCGGACGCUUAGAAACUCUCUCCGAUAUGUUAGAAGAAGCGGGUAUUGUAGCUGACAAGAGAAAACCAGAUGUUAUCCGUGUGGCACCUGUACCGUUAUAUAACACGUAUGAGGAUGUAUGGAGGUUUGUACAAAUUUUUAAUGCUGCGUUGGAAAAAUGUGAGGAGGCUUAA